UCCCACACAUCCCUGGAAGAAAUUAUUUGUCAUACAAACAUAAACUAUCUGUCGUAAAUAGUUUUUCGGAAUUGGGUGCUAUUUCCAGAAAAAAAUCAGAAUCAAUCAAUUAAUAACAGCGCGCAGAGUAUCGGCCGCGAAACACAUAGUGUUUGAUUUUCUUUUGUUUGUCAUUAUCUCCCGGUGUAACUAUAAUUGUGCUGUAGAUAAUGCGUAUCCGUGGAGUCGGAACAGACAUCAUCCUUUCGGAAAUAAAAGUGUGAGAUGGAGAAUCGAAGGACGGCAAACGGACGGACAAUGACACACUAAACAUCCGUCGAGAAAAAUACAAGGCUGUACAUGUUGACAUCAUCUAGUUACCAUCAAUUACUUUACAAUAAUAUGACGUUAAUUACACUCUCUGCCUCCAAGGUAGCUAGAUACAAAAUCUUCUUUCACGUCGUCAUUAAUUGACGGGCAUCAUUCACAGCACAACACCACUAUAUAAAAAGCUACACACAACAAAGCCUUACAGCUCACAAGUCUCUAAACAAAAUCGUCGGAUGAUGGAGGGAACCAUGGCUCUCUACUUCCUCCCCACAAUCUUCCUAGUCCUCCUCAUUUCCAAGCUCCUCCUAACGAAUUCCGCGGAAGCGAAACGACGUCGUAGAAACCACCCGCCGAGCCCGCCGUCGCUCCCCUUCAUCGGCCACAUCCAUCUCCUGAAACAGCCCGUCCACAGAACGUUACAAACCCUUUCAAACAAGUACGGCCCCAUCAUGUCUCUCACUUUAGGAGUCCGAAACGCGAUCGUCGUUUCGUCCCCAUCUCUAGCCGAGGAGUGCCUCAACAAAAACGACAUCGUCUUCGCCAACCGGCCCAACAACUUCGUGGGCUGGAAGAUCAUCGGCUACAACUACACCACCAUGGGCGCGUCACCUUACGGCCCACACUGGCGCAACCUCCGCCGCCUCUCCACCGUCGAGCUCCUCUCCACCGCCCGCCUCAACUCCUUCCUCCACAUCCGUCGCGACGAGGUCACGCGCUUCGUCAUGGAACUCGUCAACGCCGCUGACGUGUCGGGUUUCAGCAAGGUGGAGGUGAAGUCGAGGCUGGUGGGUUUGUCGAUGAACAUGGUGAUGAGGAUGGUUGCCGGGAAGAGAUAUUUUGGCGAGGAAGGGAAAGAAGGUCGUGAAGAAGGAGAGAGGUUUAAGGAGUUGAUAAGGGAUGUGUUUGAGCUGAGUGGGACGUCGAAUCCGGUCGAUUUCUUGCCGGCGUUGAGGUGGGUCGAUUUCAGCGGGCUGGAGAAGAGGAUGCGGGAGACACAGGCGAGGACCGAUGCUUUCUUCCAAGGCUUGAUUGAUGAGCAUCGAAACGGCGAUGUACAGAGGGAUGAUGAUACGGGGAGGAAGACUAUGAUCGACACGUUCUUGAGUUUGCAGGAAUUUGAACCUGAGACCUACUCCGACGAAAUAAUCAAAGGCCACGUCAUGACAAUGAUACUUGCAGGGACAGACACUUCAGCGGCAAUGAUAGAAUGGGCCAUGUCACUCUUACUCAACCACCCGGAAGUCCUCAGCAAAGCUAGAGCGGAGAUAGACAGUGUAGUGGGCAACAACCGAAUUGUAGAUGAAUCUGAUUGUCCUAAACUUCCGUACCUUCAAUGCAUCAUAAAUGAAACGUUUCGUCUACAUCCGGUGACGCCAACAUUAGUACCGCACCAGUCCUCUGAGGAUUGUGUCGUUGGAGGUUACCACAUUUCUAAGGGGACAAUGUUGCUUGUUAAUGCAUGGGCUAUUCAUAGAGAUCCAACGAUAUGGAAAGAUCCUAUGGCAUUUUAUCCUGAGAGGCAUGAAGGGGUGGAGGUGGAGCCUUACAAAUUACUUCCCUUUGGUAUGGGAAGAAGGUCGUGUCCUGGAUCUGGGCUUGCAAACCGGGUCGUGAGCGUGGGUUUGGCUGCUUUGAUUCAAUGCUUUGAGUGGGAGCGGAUUGGCCAAGAGUUAUUGGACAUGUCAGAAGGACAAGGGCUAACCACACCAAAAGCUGAGCCAUUGGAAGCUUUGUGUAAACCUCGAGAGUGUUUGAAAAAUGCUUUCGGCACUAUGUGAUCAGGUGACAAUUGACAUCAUUUACUUUGCAGCUGAAGUUUGCUCUUGUGUGCUUUUCUUUUUAGCAUUUUGCUUUGAUUGAAAUACUGCCAUCAUAUUAUUGAGAGUGUUUGUUUUAUAGUUGAGGGUUGAAUAAUUGAACUUGUACCUUCAUCAAGGUUUCUAGUUUGUUCAAAUAAAUUUUAUGGUUCUUA